GGUGGGAACAGGGAUCUGGACAGGGACUAUAAGAAGAGGGGCUGUCAUUGGGCUCACCACCACACCUUGGCUCAUCCUAGCUCUCUCGUUGAUCACCGACCGAGGUUGCCAACCGAAAACCUUCAAAAUGUCCAAGUCCAAGACUCAGAUGCAAGUCCUGGCUGAUCAGCUGAUCGACGUCUUCCACAAGUAUGCUGGGCAAUCUGACACCCUCGACAAGCAGGAGUUCAAGAAGAUGAUCCUCGAGCAGUUUCCCGACUGCGUUGAGUGUCCACGUAAGAAACAAGCGAAGGAGCAACUCUUUAAUGAGCUGGACACAAACAAGGACAACGUAGUGAAUUUUGAGGAAUGGACCCGCCUGGUUGGAAGAUUCCUCCAUUGCUCCCAUGAAAAGUUCCACCAACAACAUGGCGGACAGCAGCAGCAGCAGCAGCAGCCACAACAACAGUGAGAAGGAAACCCAGCAAAUCCUUCGGGAGAUGGUGCUCAGGGGCAUGUGGGGUGACAACCUUCUUGACACCCACCCCCUCCUUCCUAUAUUCUCUAGCUAGGAAUGGAAACUUUUGACAAUAAAAUAAGAAAUAAAUAUUUCACUUCGAAAUCC